AUGCCAGGAGAAGAUAAAGAACCCAGAGUCAAAUACCAUUUCAUCCAACGUCAUCAAAUCAAAACAAUGAUCCCUGGAGUGCAAAUAAGUAAUGAAAUAGUUGAUGCUUGGGCAGCCCACCUGAACCAUUUAGCACCCAGAGAAAGGACCAAAUAUCCCAACAUAUAUUUUUCAUCCAUUAUAUCGGCUCAAAUGCCUAAUAAUAUCAAUAAGAUACUGUUGGAGAAAUGCUUUGAAGAUGCAAUUUACAGAAUUGGUUAUGAGCUGCAAUGCCAAAACAUCAGCAAUUCGCAGUUUGAUAAUGCUAAGCAAUUGUUUGUCCCUGUACUUGCAAACGAACAUUAUUACCUCUAUGUGUUCAACAUGCUAGACGGCCGCGUGGAAGUGCUGGACAACAUGGAUACAGCUAUCAAACAUAAUAUUCCGUUUGUAGCCAAAUAUAGGGAAACCUAUAAUUUUUUGGUUGAAGCUUUAGCUAGGUACGCUGAUUCACAAAGGGCGAUAACUGCAUAUGAUAGACUUAGAAAACUGAAAGAGCCAAAUAUUAUUCAUCUUCCAUGGAGCAACAGUGAAUAUAAAACAGACCGUGCGGUAUGCAUGAUGUGCCACAUGAAGACUUAUAAAGCGGGCGUUGAUAGCUACAACUGUGGAAUUCCCCCAAUCGGCAAAACAACGAGACAAAAGGAUGCACAUCAAAACAAACUUGAUAAACUUAGAAUCAAGUACCUGACAGAGUUGCUGACCUCGGGCAUCAACACCAAAUCAAUGACCAUCACAGAAGGGAUAAAAGAAUUGCACACUGCAAGAAACCCAUAG